AUGGUGCUCCUCUCUGUUCUGGAUAAAGCAAAGGACAUGGCUUCGCGUCUUCUACCAACGCCUUACCUGGAACUUGUAGAGGAGGCCACUGAACCAUGCUUAAGUACUCCUAAACUAUCGGCUGUGACGCUGCUAUGCGACAAUGCCAAUACGCGGGCGGAAAGCGUGGCCGAUGUUGUGCGGGCUGUCCGCCGCCGCAUCGCCAAUUCUGAUCCAACUGUGCAGUAUCUCACAGUUAUUGUGCUGGAGUCGCUUGUCAAAAAUUGUAACACGAAGUUGCACACGGAAGUCGCUGCGCAGAAAGGCAUUGUGAAGGAACUGUACAACAUUGCCACCCGCAGCGCUACCAGUGAGAAGGAGUGCUUAGCGAAGGAAGCAGCUUUGGCGCUCAUUCUUAAUUUCUCUGUUUGGUUUGCAGGGCAUCCCAACAGCCGGUUAAAGUUCUUGACGUCAGUCGCUGAGGCUGUUCGACGGGCUGUAGGGCCCAAUGCAUUUGAUGGAAUCCAGCCCGACAUUGAUACGCGACUCUCCAUGGCAGUAGGCCCAACGGGCCAGCGCACCCGUCCCCCGGCGAAGCAACCGAACAAAUCAAUACACCAUCCACCAGAAACUGGACUCCCGCCGGGAGCACACGUGGUAGACGCAAUUGGCAUCGUUUUACCAACGGACGAGGAGCUAGGUACCAUGCUUGACGUAUGUAUGACCCUUGCAGAAUACCUCAAUGACAUCAAAGUGAACGAGGACGGAAGUGUAGAAAUGGAUGACGUUAUCGAGAGUAUUCUCAGUAGUAUACGCAGCAGCAAUAAACUAAUUUUAUUGAUCCUUGGUUCUGAUCUGAAGCCGAGUAACAGGGAAAUGCUUGUGGAUGUUUGCAACAGCCAAAAUAAUCUGAUGCAGCGCCUGUCCAAGCGGGCACCUUCACAAGAUACACGACAGGGCGGCACCACAGCACAAUCGACUUCAGAUUCACUGUCGGGGGCCUCGGUGGCUGCGACCGCUAAAACGCCAUCAGCAAGUUCAAAAAUGACGGCGGCAAGUGCAGCAAAGCCAAGUGCCCCACCCGAAACCCCAAAGGAGCAGCCGGUGAAAUUGUUGGGCGCAUCUCAAACAGUGAAAAGGCCAGUGAAGCCAACAGGGGGUGAAAGUGCCGCACAUCCACAAAACCCUCUUGACCUACUUGACGACCUAUUCCCGGCUGCGCCCGCCCAGGCUCCUGCAGCGGCACCGCCGGCAGUUGAGGCGGUGGGAAAGGGAGCAGAAAAUAACUGUGAAGAUAUGUACAGUAGUGAAGAGGUUUCUGAAGAAAGAAACCGGAAACCGGUUAAGCACGUUUAUACCGAUUUUGAAGACCUUUUGGCGCGACAGGCACCAAAGUAG